AUGUAUCGCACACAAGCCAUCCGCAUUGCCCGUCUUUCUUUAACUUCUACUCGCGCAUAUGCAACCCCACCUCCGCCACCCGCAGGUCAGCCUGCCCCAAAUCCCAUGCCUCCCAAAUCAGACAACACCUUGAUGUACACCGCCCUGGGCCUGGCCGCCGCUGGAGGUGCUUACAUGUAUUUCAAAAACCCAGACGAGGUCAACGACCUCAAGGCAAAGGCAAAGCAAGACGAAGAGAUCCUCAAGCACAAGAGUAAAGACGCCCUCGAGGACGCCAAAGCUCGCGCAAACGAGUCCUAUCAACGGGGAGAGGCAAAGGUCGACAGACUCAAGGCCGAGGGAAAGGAGAACAUCGACUCGUUCCGUAGUUCUGUUACAGAUACACGCGGGAGAAGCAUAGGGGAAGACCUCGAGGCCAAACUAAACUCGGCCAAGGGUGCUACCCAGGAUAGCUUGACACGAGCGCGUGAAUCGACUGAAAAACUGUACGAUGACGCCCGCACUACCACCAAGGACGGUUUGACAAGAGCCCGCGAUUCAACAGAGCAUCUCUACAACGAUGCUCGUGCCACUGCUGAACAAAAGGCUGCCGACGCCCGUCAAGAGGCUGAGAAAAAGUCUGAACAGGCAAAGGCUGGUUGGUCCAAUUGGUUGGGGUGGGGAAAAUCCGAAGUCGAGGCCGGUGCGAAUAAAGUAGAGAACGAGAGCGAUCGUUUGAAGAGAGAAGCCGCACAAAAGGUUGCCAAUGCUGCUGGUGACGUGAAGAGAAGAGCUGAGAAGCACACCUGA